CUUGCAACAAAACCGCGGUUAAAACCAACGCGUUCAAGCGAUUCGUGUAACUGACGUCAUCAACCCGUGUGUCAUCUUGAACCAUAUUAUAACCGCGGCACAUAACAGAAAUUUUGGUUAUUCGCUUGGAUUUGAUUGAUGUGACAUCUGUUUGUGGUUCUGUCACUUGUCUUUUCUGAUCUUUCAAAACAGUCCUUACGUUUUCCCUAAAAUUUAAAAUAUUUAAAUGUAUAAUUUGAUAUAAAAUACAAUUCUGGUAAUUACAAAUAAAUAUAGAAGAAUGGCUCUUGGUUUAAGAAGCAUAAAUAAGUUUACAACAUUAAGCACACUAGCCGCACCAAGAAGCAUCAACGUUAAUAAUACAAUCCAUAGGCAAAUAUCUCUGACACCAUGUGAACAGUAUUCUACUAGACUUAAUACUAAGCUGUGUUAUUAUGAUAAGAGGAAUGAUAUUCAAACGGGUGUGAUAGACAAUAGGGAAUCGGUGCAUGAUACUGUUACUAAAGAGAAUCUAUCUACUAUUGAUCAUCUACAUAUAGAAGGGAUUGAUACUUCUCUCAAAAGAUUUUCAAAGCCCGUUCCUGAAGCGAACGAUAAUGAGCGAUUGUUCGCAGAACAAGACGACAAUUCAAACCCAAACAAACCUAGUCCAGACAAACUACUCCACGUUUAUAAUGUCCUAGGUGAUAACUUACCAAAGCUGUUUAUCCAACCAUUGGACUACACAAUAUACCAUGCAGACAUAAUAUUUGAGGAUAAUAUAAGGAAUAUACGUACUGUAGGUAUGUAUAACUAUGUGAAACAGGUAGCAUUACUUAGGAUAGUUGGGCAUAUAAAGUUCGCCUACGUCAAAUUUGAUAUUUUGAAAAUCACUUUUCAUCCUGAGGAUUCCACAGUUAAAGUUCGAUGGUCUAUAAAGGGGAUAUCGGCGUUAACCGUAAUGACAAAAUUCUGGAAAUAUAAACUGUGGAAUUUCAAAGAAAUCUUUGAAAAGACCGAUAAUUGGUAUGACGGUUUUUCCACAUUCUAUGUGAAUGCUGAAGGAAAGAUUGUAAAGCAUGUAGCAGAUAAGGUAUGUAAUGGCAUUUAUGCCGGUAUUCUAACUGAAGAUAGCCAACCUAAUGCUAUAUUCCAGCGUCCAAAAAAUUAUCCGAGGUAAAUGUGGCUCAAGAACCGAUCGAUCGAGCGCGAUCGAAGACGUUAUAAAGGUAGCAGUGCACAAAAUUUGUCAUUGCAACAUACAAUCACGUUUUUCGGCUUUAAAUAUGCGUAAAUCAAUGCGGUUUUUACGUAAACUGUUGUUUUAUGUGUUUUUAUGUAUUGUGCGAGUAUACCCAUCCUCCCCAAAAGGAACUACAAAAUUGGGGGGUAACGGGAAAAAAUUGAAAUGUUGCAAAAAUAAUAAUAUACAUCUGCGGAUUUGAACUUAAUCGCAUGAGACAGCUAUACUUUAUGUCUCUUGUAAUCGAGGUUGCGCUACAUGGCCUACAGCCCCCCCCCCCAAAUACCCCCUACCUCAAUUUUAAUGUUAAACACAUCGAAAACACGCUCAUCAUUUUCGAAAAGCGACUUAGGUCCAGGAUUUUAUUGCAUGUAUCUCGUAGAAAUAUGCUACUCUAGCAGCCCACAAAGCGGCUUUGCAGAGAGUGCCCCGGAACAUUGUUUUUCAGCCCCUAGGGGAUUUAACGCAGUGUAUAUACGAAAAAAAUCAUAAUUUUUCAAAAUCGUGUUGGGUUCAGGAUUUUUUUCGAUAAAUCGUGAUUAUUUAUCAUAUUCUAACCACCCACCAAGCGGUUUACCCCAAUGAAGCCCGGAAGGCCCCUAUCCGUACUUCGAUCAGAAUUCGAUCAAACACCUGUCAUUUGUGAAAAUCGACUUUGGUCCAGGAUUUUAUUGCAUGUAUCUCGUAGAAUUAUGCUACUCUAGCAGCCCACAAAGCGAGUGUGCCCCGGAACAUUGCUUUUGGUAUAAAAUUUUUGAUUCGCAUAUGCUGGAUUGAUUCCUAGAAAAAAAUUCGAACCUGUUUGUGAAGCUUACAUCUAAUUUUAACCACUAAUUUAUAGGUUACAUAUACCGGGUGUCAAUGAAAAUUGGAAACACGCUGAAAAGAAAAAAAUAUUUUAAACUGUCAAAGUGGCGUGAUCAACAAAUCUCUAUUAAAACAGACUAAAUAAAUGAAAGCUUG